AUGGACGGAGACGGAGACGGAGGCAGCACGGCGAUGUACGGUGGACUCGAGACGUUGCAGUAUGUACGGACGCAUCAUCAACAUCACUGUAGAGAAAACCAGUGUACCUCUGCUCUUGUCAAACACAUCAAAGCUCCUCUUCAUCUCGUUUGGUCGUUGGUACGGAGAUUUGAUCAGCCGCAGAAAUACAAACCAUUUGUGAGUAGAUGUACAGUCAUCGGAGAUCCUGAGAUCGGAAGUCUAAGAGAAGUAAAUGUAAAAUCUGGUCUUCCUGCAACAACGAGUACAGAGAGAUUAGAACUUCUUGAUGAUGAAGAACAUAUACUCGGUAUCAAAAUCAUUGGUGGUGAUCACAGACUCAAGAAUUACGCUUCGAUUGUGACGGUUCAUCCAGAGAUAAUCGAAGGAAGAGGAGGAACAAUGGUGAUUGAAUCUUUUGUAGUUGAUGUUCCUCAAGGAAACACAAAGGAAGAGACUUGUUACUUUGUUGAAGCACUCAUAAGAUGUAAUCUCAAAUCAUUAGCUCGUGUUUCUGAAAGAUUGGCUUCUCAAGACUUAACCAAUCUCGUCGCUGCAUAA